AACCGGAAGCGGAAAUAGCGAGGGAGCGGUUGACAGCUGCUGGAUAUCAUCAGAAGGGGUUCUCGAACAAAACAAUUCAAUUGUGCAGAAAUGGAGCUGUGUGAAAUAUUAUACAACAAGGCUGAAUACAUCGAGACGGCAUCAGGCAACAAAGUCAGCAGACAGUCGGUGCUUUGCGGCAGUCAAAACAUCGUCCUCAAUGGAAAAACCAUCGUGAUGAAUGACUGUAUCAUCAGAGGAGAUCUUGCUAAUGUCAGAGUUGGGCGCCACUGUGUCAUUAAAAGCCGUAGUGUGAUCAGACCACCGUUUAAGAAAUUCAGCAAAGGAGUGGCUUUCUUCCCCUUGCAUAUUGGGGACCAUGUGUUUAUAGAGGAGGACUGUGUUGUCAACGCUGCUCAGAUCGGAUCAUACGUCCACAUUGGCAAGAACUGUGUGAUUGGUCGGCGCUGUGUCUUGAAGGACUGUUGUAAGAUACUGGAUAAUACUGUCCUUCCCCCAGAGACAGUGGUUCCUCCAUUUACAGUUUUCUCUGGCUGUCCAGGUUUAUUUUCAGGAGAGCUCCCUGAAUGUACCCAGGAACUGAUGAUCGACGUUACCAAGAGUUACUACCAGAAGUUUCUCCCUCUCAGCCAGAUCUAGGACUAAACUUCAAUUUGUGCCUCGCUCACUUUUUCAUUCUGGGACCAAAGGAACUAAUAUUCCCCAGCCUUAGGUCACAAUUGUAAAUCUCAAAAUGCUACUUAAUUCUGUUCACAGUUGCAGUAAAAAUCCCCUGCUGUGUUCAUGGCUAUGUUAACAUAGAAUAUAAAAUUUAAGAAUAUGUGUAUUAUACGCAACCACCACAAAUCUCCUGCUUUUCAUGUCAGAAUUUUUAGAUUUCUGUUAAUGUCUCAUACCACUGUCUUGUUUGCGUGGCUGGGAAAAAUAUCACAACACAGUGAUAAGUUGUUAGACUGAAGGACCUUUAUUUAUUGAACAGUACAAUUUCUGCAACACUAAACCUUUUCUGUGUGCAAAGACAGAUUACAGAUGGUAAUAAAUGUUUUGUUUUUUAUAAAGAAAAGAGCAUAUGUACUGACUCA